CAAAAUGGGAUGCGGGAAAAUAUAUAAAGCCUGCCACCCUCUUGCUGUCAGUUAUCUCCCCCACGCCUCUCCAAGUCUCGAGUCUUAAUAGCUGCUUUUUUCCUUCCACUUGAAUACAUUCCCAUUCAUUUUCCUCCAAUCCAUCGUAUAAUUUGCAUUUUGCUGUCCACGAGUUCUGCAUCUUUGAGUGAGUGACUUAAUAAUUGUGUUUAUAUAAUCAGCAGCCAAAAUUGUAGCAGUAAUAUAAUACGAGCAAAAAGCAGGCAUGGGCUACGGCAGGCUCGUUUCGGAGCCCGGAGGCUCCUCCAGCCGCCAAAUGCUCCCCGACCCGUCGGACCAACCCACCACUUCCACUCCCCGGAAAAGCAAACUCAAGCCCCUCAUCAUACUGGCCGCCAUUCUCAUCGUGGCCUCAGCCAUUUCGGCUGCGGUGGUUGUCGCCCUCCGAAACAAAGCCUCCAGCCAUGCCGCCCUCCACCGCAAGCCUUCCAGAGCCAUCUCUCGCACCUGCAGCAAAACCCGCUACCCGGCUCUCUGCGUUGACUCCCUCCUCGACUUCCCCGGCGCGCUCACCGCCUCCGACAAGGACCUCGUCCACAUUACCGUCAACAUGACGCUCCAGCGCUUGGGGAAGGCGCUCUACGACGUCUCCGACAUCGGCUACGUGGCCAUGGACGUGGGCUCCCGCUCCGCCUACGAGGACUGCCUGGAGCUCUUGGCGGACUCCGUGGACCUGCUCGCCCGCUCCCUCACCACCAUGUCACCCGCCUCAACCGAAGGAGAAGGUGACGGCUCAGGCUCCUCAUCCUCAUCCUCAUCCUCCUACGUGGGGUCCACACAAGACGUGCUGACGUGGCUGAGCGCAGCUCUGACCAACCAGGACACGUGCACGGAGGGCUUUGGGGAAGUCGGAGGAGGGAGCGUGAAGGAUCAGAUGUCGGAGAAGCUGAAGGACCUGACGGAACUGGUGAGCAACUGCCUGGCGAUAUACUCGGCGGCGGGGGGAGACGGUGAUGAUUUCUCAGGGAUUCCGAUAGGGAACAAGCGUCGGAGGUUGAUGGGCGAUGAUGAGGAAGGUUAUGGUGGUAACUAUAAACAGCAGGAGGAGGAGGAGGAGUUUCCGAAAUGGUUAUCAAGGAAGGACCGAAGGUUGUUGCAGGUGCCGGCGACGUCGAUUCAAGCGGAUAUAAUAGUGUCGAAAGACGGGAACGGAACGGUGAAAACAGUGGGGGAGGCGAUCAAGAAGGCGCCAGAGCACAGCACUCGCCGGAUCAUUAUCUACGUCAAGGCAGGAAAGUACGAGGAGGAUAAUUUGAAAGUUGGAAGGAAGAAGACGAAUUUGAUGUUCAUCGGGGAUGGAAAAGGCAAAACGGUGAUUUCAGGCGGAAAGAGCAUUUUCGAUAAAGUCACCACAUUCCACACCGCGUCUUUCGCGGCUACUGGUGCUGGCUUUAUUGCAAGAGACAUGACCUUUGAGAACUGGGCUGGUCCAAGUAAGCAUCAGGCUGUAGCUCUUCGAGUGGGCGCCGAUCAUGCUGUGGUCUACCGGUGCAGCAUCGUCGGCUACCAAGACACCCUCUACGUCCACUCGCAGCGUCAAUUUUUCCGAGAAUGCGACGUCUAUGGGACAGUGGACUUCAUAUUUGGUAAUGCCGCGGUUGUGUUCCAGAACUGCACUCUAAAUGCUCGCAAGCCGAUGAACCUCCAGAAAAACACCGUCACUGCCCAAAACAGAAAAGACCCUAAUCAAAACACCGGGAUUUCUGUUCAUGCAUGCAGAAUCCUGGCGACGCCUGAUCUUGAGGCAUCAAAAGGCAGCUUCCAGACGUACCUAGGCCGCCCAUGGAAACUCUACUCGCGAACGGUGUUCAUGCUAUCCUACAUGGGCGACCAUAUUCACCCGAGGGGAUUUCUGGAAUGGAACGCAACGUUCGCUCUCGACACUCUGUACUAUGGCGAGUACAUGAACUACGGACCGGGAGCAGCCCUUGGACAGCGAGUAAAGUGGCCGGGCUAUCGAGUGAUCACCACGCCGGCAGAGGCCAGCAAGUUCACAGUUGCACAGUUCAUCUUUGGAUCGUCGUGGCUACCCUCAACCGGUGUUGCUUUUAUGGCCGGCCUAUCAACUUAAAAGAGGAUGCCUGCCAGUUACUGUGCGUUUUUACUCCAAUCAUUGGAAGGAUCGAAGGAUUGUGGCGUCUUCCUAUAUAUUUUAUGUGGUCGGUUCCCUACCCACUCUACUACUAUUUUUUUUUCUUUUCCGUUAUGCAUAUUAUGACUAAUAAAGUAAAUCGAGUUCCGUAUGGCUCAAGAUGGAUAGGUUUUAGGUUAAAUUAAUUAAAAUAACUGUUCAAAAUUUAUUUAUCAUUUGUAUGUUACUUAUUAUUGUAUACUGGUACUGAAUGUAAUUCUCAAAACCCCACUAAGUGUGUGAAAAAAUAAAUGCAAAAAGAUUACAAGAGCAGAAAGGGGAUUCAUUCA